UAAUGAGUAAAAUCGUAAAUAUGAGUAAAACAUCCUCUCAGUUUGAAAGUUCUUAGCAUAACUAUUAAUCCUAAAACAAUCAAGGGAAAUUUUAAGUAAAAUUUAAUGGUUUUAUUUUUCAGUAGGAUUUCUAACAAAUGGAGAGUGAAAUUAAGUAUGACGGAGGGGAUACUUAUACAUAGUAGUAUUCAAGUAUAGGAGGAGAAAUUAAAAAAAAAGUAAAAAUAGUCAUUAUUGUCAGUUUAUUAAUUAGAGUAAAAAUGACCAUGAAACCAUACAAUUCGAUUGUAAUUAACUAUAAAAUGGUUAAUCUACUCGUUUGAAUGGAAAUGUAUAUUGUGUUAUAAUAAUAUUUAUAAUCAGGUUUCAUCUAUGAGGUUUAAUGGGAUGGAAGAAAAUGGAUAAAAUGAAGUAGGAAUGCAAGUCUAAGGUCAAUCUUAGCUAAAUGUAUAAACAUCUUCUGUAAUUUUAAUCCUAAUUAUAGAGUACUUAAUAGACAAGUUAUUAAACUCAAACAAUAGUAACAAAAACAAUAACAACAUCAUAACAUAGAAUAUCCAAAUCAGAAGAUUAAGGAUAAGUAUAAAUAGUAUAUAUAUAUAUCUAGUUUGAAACUGUCGAAUAUGAAAUGAUGAAUGGUUAAGGUAGUAUUGAAGGAGAAGCCUAGGAAAGUUCAUCUGCUGUAUUUAUAUAUAAUUAACAAAUUAAUAGUUGUAUAAAUAUGGUGGCUACAAUCUUAAAGCUGAUCAUGCUAAACUUGGAGGAAAGUUAAUGCUUAGUAAAUAUAAUUUUUCAGAUGCUUCUUUAAAGGUUAGUAUAUUUUAAUUAGAUAUUAGGAAAAAUAAUUUAAAAGUUCAGCAGGUAAAAUUUAGAUGGCAUGCGAUGUAGCUAUGGCUGCUGCUCUUAAGAAAUAAGAAGAAUAAACAUCUGCAAAUGGUGCUAUAGCAAAUUGGGAAUUAUAAAUGAAAUCAAUGGCAGAAUUAAAAGCCUAAUAUUAAUUAUCCGCUAAAGUUACAUUAAAAUAGCGAUCUCAUCUAAUGUAUGGAUAUGGCUUUCGAAGUAAAGAUGGAAAUCCAUAACAAUGUGAAGAUGAUGAUAAGGAGAAAUAAAAGGAACCUAUGAAAUUGGCUGUUUGUGAUGCCGAAUGUAUAGAGAAGAAUGCUCCAUAGGAUGCAGAAGAAAUCUCUAAAAAGAAGAAACCAGAUGUAAUAGAAGAAAAAGCUUAAGACAUACUUUUUAUACCCAGAAGUGAAGAUUUUAUAAGAUUAGUUCCAAGAACUUAAUAAUAAGUUGUUUAUCCAGUUAAUUCAGUAAGAAGCAUUCUUAUGCCAUAAGUAAUUUUAAAUUUAACUUUUUAGGUUGCUAAACAAUCAAUAAGAACUAAAUGUUCAAGUGUUAGAUAGCCAGUAAUAAUAUAAGAAGAAGUUACACCUACAAUUAUAUAAAGAACAUAUGGAGCUCCAUAAUCUUUAAGACAUUAAGAGUCCUUUUUUACUGUCUAAUCUGUAUAAUAAUAGUUGGUGGCAGUCUAACCUUAGGUUGUUUAAUAAUAAGCUAUUAUCUAAGUUCAAGCUUAACCUAUUAUUUAAUAAUAAGUUGUAUAAGUUUAAGAAAUGCAACCAGUAUAAUAAGUUAUUAUGGUUCAACCUACUUAAAAUGUUGAAACAUAUUCAUAAUAGCAUAUUCAAAUUUAAUAGCCUCAUCUAAUUGGUUAAACUGUAUAAUUAGUAGGCUAAUAAACUUAAUAUGCAAAUACUUAAACUGUUUAAAUGAUGACUCAAUAACCAAAUUUAGUUAUUGCUUAACCUUAAUAAGUAGCAUCUGUUGCACAAUAAAGAGUAUUAAUGUAGGGAAUAUAAUAAGAGAUGGUUUAAUAAGUGGCUGUACAAUAAUAAUAAAUAGUCACACAUACAUAAUUCAUUUAAUAAGAUGCAACAUCACCAAUCAGAUAACACUAAAUUAUGUAAUAACCUUAAAUACUCAUGUAACCAUCACAAUAAUAAUAAUAAAUUAUGUUAGUUUCAUAAUAACCCAUAUUAUAAUAAUAAAAUACUUAAAUUCAAUAAUCUGUUUAUUAAAUAUAACCAUAAUAAACUAUUUAAUAAAUCUAACAAAUCCAUUAAGUAAAUUAUCAUUUUAUACAACUUUAGGUUACUUCCCCCUUAAGAUAAUAACAUUUGGUUUUAUAGACAUAGAUACCAUAAAACUAUACAACUUAACCUUUUGAAGUUUUGCAAUCCAAUUAAUCCCCCAACACUAUUCCAAUCAGUUAAUAGUAAUUCAAUUAUUAAUGUAUCCUCCAAAAAGUGUGAG